GGAACAUCGAUUUCUGUCGCAAAGUCGUGCAUUGCAGUUAAGAAAGGGACACGUGACACCGUCAUACACCCACUGCUCGUCGUGUACCGCGACGAGCUGCUGCGAGCAACAUCACCUGAACCGCUUCAGAAAUGGGUUCAGAAAGACUUUCAGUCGCUCAUACCGCAGACAUGGAGAUUCUCGUGCGACGAGGGAUGACCAAAGGAUAUGAACUAUUUUCUUUACUCACCCCACCAGCAUACGCUGCUUUUGUGCUCAUGCGGAAAGGCAAAGGUCACUUCACUGUCAAUCGCUUACUUCGCGCGACUUGGAUAGGCGGUGCAGUAGGAUGCGCAGGAGGGGGCACGCUCGAGUAUAUUCGCACGUCCAGAGCCAGUGAAGCCACCGUGAGGAACCGGCGCAUGCAACACGCCUACGAUACUGCUUCAUUACGUGCCGACGACCACUCUACUAUCGGCGCGAUAUUGUUUGCGGUGCUAACGCCUGCAAUCUUCUGGAAGAGAGCGAGCACGGCGAACCUGGUGCUUGGUGGUGCUGGGAUCGGUUCUGCUAUCGGGCUUCUAACACACUAUGGACGAACAGUGACAGGGGAUAUAGCGCCAGAUGUACAAAUCCCCGAGAUUCCCAUCGCAUCAUCAUGAAGCAUCAUCUCUUCCAUCAAACAAUUGAUGGCCUAGCCGACCAGACGAUUAAUACUCUGCAGAAACGCCUGCAAGUAAUAAAAUUUAGUAUAGUACUUGACAUCCAAAAACACGCAAUUGU